GCAGCCGAACGCGCUAACCACUCGCACCAUCGAGCUCCUCAACGAUAAAAACGAUAACAAACGAUAAACUGUCAAAUGCAAUUUUUCCUUGAAUCAGUUUCGAGAAUCUAAGCCACAAUCUAUUUUCGGGCGAAUAAACAUUAUUAUAAUUAUUAGAAACGAAUAAGAAACAUAGCCGGAAACGUGCUAAAUUUCAAUCGAAAUUUAGAGUUUCGUUGAAUUAGAGUAGGUCUCAUGGGUUCAGACUAGAUAGAUUUAAACUUUUAGAAAUUAAAAAUAAAAGUACCUAGGUACUUUACUUAUUAUUUUUAGACGUAUAUUCUCUAACGGUUAUUUUUCUCACAUUAAUGAUUGGCGUAUUUAGGUAUUUUCUUCAAUUGUCUACUCAACAUUUUUUUUUCGUUAGAAUUUUUGCAAUGCAUAAGAAAACUGAAAAAAAAAUAGGAUGAAAUUGGCAGUCUCUUUUAAGUUACGGUGUGACCAAGGGAAAUACUAUAUAGGGUUUAUUUUAAUAGGUAUACAUAGAUAUAAAGAACUAGGUUCUGCCUACGACUUCGUCCCCUCCAACUUUCGAUUCAUGUAAAUUUCCUUAAUUUGUUCCAUUAAAAGCUUUUGAUAAUAUAUUAGAAAUUAGGAAAGAAAAAAAGGUUGGAUAAAAAUUAUAAAGUCGUUCUCAAGUUACGGCGUGACCAAGGGCAAUUGGAAUUAAUUUUAUAGGUCUAGCGAUCACAUGCUACCAAUGCAACAGCCACAAUGACUCCCGCUGCUUGCUACAAAAGCUGCCCGACUCACUGCGGUUGCCGUGCGGGCCCAAGGACACCAUGUGCCGCAAGAUCUCCCAGGUGGUGGAGUUCGAGAUGAACGGAAUGCCACCAGAUAGUCGCGUCAUCAGAGGCUGUGGAUGGGACGAGAGCAGUUACAAGGUGGUGGAGUUUGAGAUGAACGGCAUGUCACCUGACAACCCCGUUUUUAGGGGCUGCGGCUGGAACGAAAUCAGUUACAAGGUUGUAGAGUUCGAGAUGAACGAAAUGCCGUCUGACAGUCGCGUAAAUAGAGGCUGCGAAUGGGACGAGAGUAGUAACAAGUACGACAAAGAAAUGAGUCACCAAACUUUGUACGCGUUGGAAUUGUGGCCACAGUUAGACGGUGACACCGAAGGCCAGCGCGCGUGGUCCUCUGAAGGAAAGGGGAGGGUGGAAUAA